CGUCUUGAGAGUAGUUGGCAUACUACCUAGUCAUUGCUCUGGGUACACAAAAGUCGAGGUCGUCCCAUAAUGGCUAACAUUCUUCAAGUCAAUUGUGUGAGUUGUUUAGAAUACUGCGAUUCUGUAGCUCUUGGUUAUCCGGCCCAAACGGAACAAUUGAGAAAAUUGAAACAAUUGUUCUAACACCUUGAUGGCGUAAGGAAGGCAUAUCCGCUUGCCCUCGCCUACCGCGGCAGUCCGUCCGAUCGGACCCGGAUCAAAUAAAAAAAUGGCGGGGUACUCGUACCUAAAGUUUUGAACACCCCCGCCAAGGUUACGACAUCCAUUCAAUUUUUUUUUUGAUUAUCAACAUCUCUACCUAGCACCAAUUUGGUUCAGAGUUGAAUAUCAAAACUUGGGUCAAGAUCAAGAUGUCGGCAACUCGUAAGACAGGUAUGCCAGUUCGAUCUCUCCCGACGACGUCCCUCCCAGCUAAUCUUUCCCAAAGCGAUCAUCUCAGUCUACAACAAGACAGGCUUGCUGGAUCUGGCUAAGGGACUGAUCCAGCAGAAUGUUCGGCUUCUUGCAUCUGGAGGCACGGCCAAGAUGAUCAGAGAGUCUGGCUUUGCUGUGGAGUAAGUUCCUUUCGUUCUACUCCUCCCUGCACCAUAUUCUCGAUUCCCUGAAGUCAGUAGGAAAGAAAGUGAGAAUCAAUUUUGAUUGUAACUAUCAAAAGUAGCAUUGGGACAAUUCCCUCAAGGUAUAUGCAUGCCUUCCUAGUACUCCCCUCGAUCGAUCGCCAUGCCCUCUUGGUCAAUUCUGCUUUGCAAUAUCUCUUUUCAUCUAUCUUUACCUCACGCCAAUUUCUAACCUCAAUCUAGAGAUGUUUCUGCCAUUACACACGCUCCUGAGAUGUUGGCAGGUAGAGUCAAGACCCUCCAUCCAGCCGUCCACGCCGGUAUCCUCGCUCGCAAUCUUGCCUCCGACGAGAAGGACCUUGCCGAGCAAAACAUCAACAAGGUCGACUAUGUCAUCUGCAACUUAUACCCUUUCAAGGACACGAUUGCCAAGAUCAACGUUACUAUUCCUGAGGCUGUUGAGGAGAUUGAUAUUGGAGGAGUUACUUUGAUUCGUGCUGCUGCAAAGAACCAUGGCCGUGUCACAAUUUUGAGCGAUCCAGCAGAUUACCCGGAAUUCUUGCAGGAAUUGGAGAAGGGAGAGGUCAGCGAGCGUAGCAGAAACCUAUACGCCUUGAAGGCUUUCGAGCACACAGCCGAUUAUGAUGCAUCUAUUUCGGACUUCUUCCGCAAGCAGUAUGCAGGUGAAGGAACUCAACAAAUGGCUCUGAGAUAUGGUGCAAACCCUCACCAGAAGCCUGCUGCGGCCUAUAACAAAUUAGCACCACUGCCUUUCAAGGUUCUCUGUGGAGCUCCUGGAUACAUCAACCUGAUGGAUGCAUUGAAUGCUUGGCCCUUGGUCAAAGAAUUGAAGGCAGCUCUCCAUCUCCCUGCAGCUGCAAGUUUCAAGCAUGUUUCCCCUGCUGGUGCUGCCAUUGGUAUUCCUCUAAGCCCAGAUGAGCGCAAGGUCUACAUGGUGGAUGAUAUUGAAGGCUUGGAGAACUCACCGCUAGCUUGUGCUUAUGCUCGUGCAAGAGGUGCCGAUCGUAUGAGCAGUUUUGGUGACAUGAUCGCUUUGAGUGAGAUUGUUGAUGUACCAACUGCCAAGAUCAUUUCCAAGGAAGUAUCGGAUGGUGUCAUUGCUCCUGGUUAUGAAGAUGCAGCACUCGAGAUUUUGAAGAAGAAGAAGGGCGGCAAGUACCUCGUCUUGCAAAUUGACCCUGAGUAUGAGCCAUCUUCAACAGAGCUUAGAACACUGUAUGGGGUUACCUUGACCCAACACCGAAACGAUGUUAAGAUUGGGGCCAAGUCGUUCACUUCCAUCAUCAUACCAAAGAACUCUUCCUCGCUCUCCGAGGCUGCUAUUCGAGACCUGACUAUUGCUACUAUCGUUGUCAAAUACACACAAAGCAACUCAGUCUGCUACGCUUACAAUGGUCAAAUUGUUGGAUUAGGAGCUGGUCAACAGUCGCGUAUCCACUGUACUCGUCUUGCAGGUGAUAAGGCAGACAAUUGGUGGUUGAGAUUCAACCCCCGUGUAUUGGGUAUCAAGGUUCGUUUAUCAUGUUUUUCUAAUCACAGCGGCAGCCUGGUACUUUACUAACGUCCAAUGUGUACUGUAGUGGAAGAAGGGUACCAAGCGACCAGACAAGAGCAACGCAAUCGAUUUGUUGGUCAGCGGUGAACUUCCAGAGGAGGGACCUGAGAGAGCUACCUUCGAGGACUUUUUCGACGAAGUUCCAGCUGCAUUCACCAAGGAAGAGCGAAAGGAGUGGCUCUCUAAGCUCACGAAUGUCGUUGUCUCAAGUGAUGCAUUCGUACGUUUUCCCAUCCGAAAAGAUAUAAUUUCACUAACAAUAUCAUAGUUCCCCUUCACCGACAAUGUAUACCGCGCAAGCCGUUCCGGAGUUAAGUACAUUGCAGCACCAACCGGCAGUCAAAAUGACUCGCUUGUUUUCGAGACGGCGGAGAAAUUGGGCAUUACCUUUGUGGAGCAGAGCAUUCGUCUCUUCCACCACUAGAUGUUUGCCUACUUGUUUCUCCUCCUUUGAUUUCUUGUAAAUAGAUACCCCGAUUUUACUUAAAAUGUUGCUUCUGAGG